CGCAAGUUUAGUUUUCUGACUGGCGGCGGUUCGGACAGCUCGUCACCCGAGAUUCGUCUGGUCAGGUAUCCAGACUUACAUGUGAUUUAUUGGGAUAUUCUUCAGCCAAAUUAGCCUACAUCGUAGGAUUUAACCAUCUGACGACAGCAUGUUUUCGAGGAUUGGAUUAUGUUUGAUCCUGGUUGUUGUCGGGUUGGGCACAACAUUUGCUCAGAACGACACAUCUACUACGACAACCAUCACCACCACUACUGCUGCUACAACCACCACCACCACCACCACACCGGCACCUUCGACACCCGCACCAACACCACCAGCCAAUGUUUGCGAGCUCAAGAAUGGAACAAACUGUGAGGAAUGUCUGAAGAAUGUAUCGUGUCUGUGGUGUAUUAAAACUAAAUCAUGUGUGACGUACCCCGUUGCAACUAUCCUGCCUCCCCACUCUCUCUGUCCCCUCAAUGAGGCUCGGUGGGGGCAGUGUUCAAUAAACUUCCAGACAUUGAUCAUCGCCAUGGCUGUGGUUGGUGGAGUAAUCAUCCUCGCCUUCUUCAUCUGCCUCUUCUGCUGUUGCAAGUGUGAGAAUGUGGGGUCCAGCAGUUUUGAAUCCAAGAUGCAAAGGCAGGCUGACAAGAGAAAGGGCAAAUCGGACACGAGAAAAGCAGAGAUGCGAACGCGGCACGAUGAGAUCAGGCAGAAAUAUGGUCUGAGUAGGGCAAGCCCUUAUGCUAGAUUUGAGAACAACUAAAGAAGAUAUAAUGACGGAGGAUAUUCAUCCCUCUCCAACCCUGUAUCAGUAGCCAAAGCAGACUGUUCAUCUUGAUUUAUUGUUACACAGUAGUGUAACAAACAAAAAUUUGCAUUGUGAUGGUUCUCUAUAAUCAGGGCAUUCUUCUGACAAAACUCGAAAGACAGUUCCAGUAUCAAAUGUGAAUGCUUUCUAGUUGAACAGUAAAAGGAAAGUUUAUGACUGCUGCUUUAUGAAUCAUGUGUAGUCCCCUCUGCAUUCUAAACUCUGGUUUACUACUCUGUAAUUGUGCAGCAUUCGUCUGCCAUAGCUCUAUUCUCCGACAUUUUGUUAAAAUGGAGAUCAAAAUGGAUUUUCUUAAAGGGACAGAAUUGUCAAUGUUGUAAAUUAGUUUUGUGUAAUUGGCCAUCUAUGAGUAGGCUAAUCAUUUUGAAUAAAUGACAUACGUUUUAGAGACUUUAA